AUGGAGCAUCAAAAAGUAAAAAUUAUCCUUGUUCCAAUAUUAAAUAUAAAAAUUCUAACAAAUUCUUAUUCACUUGGAACAGAAAUGGAAAAAGAUAUUAUUGUUAAUUGUUCUAUAACUUUAAAAGAUACCAGUACAUCAAUUUUAUAUAUAACUGAGUUAAAUAAUAUAAUUAACAAAUAUAAAAUGUAUAUUAGUACACAAGAAAGUGGUGAUAUUUUGGUAUGUUCAUUUUUUGAACAUUUAAACAUAAUGCAGAUAACAACACUGUUUGGUAACUCAAUAAAAUUAAAAAUUAUAACUAAUGAAGAAAUUCAUGAUUUUAGUCAAAGACAAAUCAAUGAAACAUUAUAUAAAGAUAUUAAGAAAUAUGUAUUCAAUAAAUUAACUUCAAUUAAAAAGAAUUUUAAAAAAUGUUUUGCUAUACAUUCUAUCGGAAAUGUGAAUGAUAAUAAUGUUUCAGAUACAGGUACAUCAAAUGAAAAAUUAUUUAUUUUUUGA